UGUGGCACCCGUCAAUAAAAACCAACGAAGAAGAGAACGCGGAAGUUAACAAGCGACAGGAUGCAAAUGGCGAAUCAAGUCAUCUCAUGGAAAAAAAACAUUCAAACGCUUGAAAUAGUUGAAGAAAAUACAAAUUGUGACCACUGGCGAUAUUUCUGGGCUGCCUGAAAGAACGAUGGCGUCGGGCGAGGAGGAACUUUCUCGAACAAGAAAGAGGAACGAGCGACAGCAACAACCGGAUGUUUGCACGACUGACAAUAUGCUUCUUUGUCAAGAUGUCCAGCAUCUGAUUGGUCGUCAAGAAGAACGCCCACCUCGGCCGCCGGGGGGGAGAUCCGCGUCCACGUUGAAGCAGGAGGAGCCACAGCUUCCCCACGUUAAAGAGGAAGUGGACGAACUCUGGAUCACUCAAGUGGGAGAGUGUCUUCAAGGGCGGGAGCAAGCUGAUCUCGCCAAGUCGCCUCCCGCUGGUGUCUCUGUGAAGACCGAAGACCUGGAACACAAACAAGACGUCCGACAACUGAUUGGUUGGAGAGAACACCAUUCCCGUCAGGAGGAUCCACAGCCCCCCCGCAUCAAAAUGGAAGAGGAGGAGCCACACCACUUCAAGGUGAAAGAGGAAGAUGAGGAACUCUGGAUCACUCAGGAAGGAGGGUGUCUUCUCGGGCUGGACGAGUCCGAUCUCAGAAGGUUGCCACUGACUGUUGUCUCCGUGAAGACCGAAGACUAUGAAGACAAACCACUUGAGUCCUCACAGUUUCAUCACAGUCCGAGUGAGGAGAACAGAGGGGCGGAGCCACAACACAUGACAACAGAAUCUGAUGGAGACCACCGUGGAGGAUCACACAACCUCUUAGCUCCGCUAUCAGAUAGUGACGACAUAACGUCUCCCGAGGAUGAAGACAGGGACGACACCCGAGAGCCUUUGAGCAGCGAUACCGACGGUGAAAAUGACAUGAGGACUCACACCGACAACAAACAAUCUGAAUGCUCUAAGGAGAAGACGGCGAAAAAACGUUUCACUUGCUCAUUUUGCGAAAAAAGCUUUUUUUAUAAGAGCUACUUAGGUCGACACAUGAGAACGCACACAGGGGAAAAACCUUUCAGUUGCUCGGUUUGUGGCGAUACGUUUUCUCAGAUAUGGUCUUUGAAUAGACACGUGAGAACACACACGGGAGAAAAACCUUUCACUUGCUCCGUUUGCGGCGACACAUUUUCUCAGACGUCGUCUUUAAAUACGCACAUGAGAACACACACGGGAGAAAAACCGUUUAGCUGUUCAAGCUGUGGUAGGAACUUUGCGAAAAAAGUCAAUCUGGUAUCGCAUAUGAGAACACACUCAGGAGAGAAACCUUUCAGUUGCUCGAUUUGUAGCGAUACAUUUGCUCAGGUAUCAUCUUUAAAGAUACACAUGAGAACACACACAGGAGAAAAACCUUUUAGUUGCCCGGAUUGUGAUAAAACGUUCACUCAGAAAGCACACUUGCGGUCUCACAUGAGAAAACACGCAGGAGAAACCCAUUUUAGCGAUUCAGAUUGUGGUAAAAUCUUUGAUUGAUAACUCAUACACCUUGAUAACGGAGGAGCGAUAGAACGCCAGCAGUUUCCUGUCCAGGUUGUUAGCGCUGCUGGGUUUUCUUCACUCCGGAGCUAAUGGUGUGUGGAGAGGGCCCUAGAACAUAUUAAUAACAUAUUAAUAAAUAAAAUAACAUAUUAAUAAUUUUUAAUUAAGUAAUAUAAAACAGAUACAAAGAGCCAGCUCUUAUUUAUAUUGCUUAUUAUCCCUUCUAAAAAAACACCAACAAUAUUCUAUUUACAUAUAAUGUGAUGUGCAUAUAACCAAUGAUACAUAAUCCUUUUAUUUUUUUUGGCAUGAACGUUCAAUAGAUCAAGAGCUAAAUAUUUAUUACACAAUAAAAAAAAAUAUUUAUAGGCCUAAAUAAUAACCUAUUGUGUGUUAUUGACCUGUCACAAUAUUUUAGGAACAUUAUACACUUUAUGAUUGGAAUGUGGUUCUCUGGUCAUCAUGCAAGUCUUGAAUGCAGUUAUGGAAAAAAUAACAAUAAUAAUAAUAAUUAUUAUUAUUAUGACUGCAAUAUAUAUGAUAUUAUAUAUAAAUGUAUAUAUAUAAUAGAGCAAAAUCAGGCUAAUAAGAAAGCCAAUAAGCAGGCUAAUACUAGUCUACUACUGCUACUCCUAGUGGUAGUCAGAAGAAGAAUAAUGAUGAUCGUAAUAAUAAUAAUAGGCUAAUUAAUAAUAUAAUGAUGAUUAUUAUAUAAUUGAUGAAAGCAGUGAAAACCUUUCAUACAAUUCAUAUGAAGAGCAAGCUUAAGUGACAUGAUUUCUAUUGUUUUUAUUUUGUUUUUAUUUCCAAGCAAUGUCCCUCGCACAUUUCUUUCCUUGUUAUUUACUUUUUAUUAUUUAUGUUGCUAUUGUUCUGUAGAAUUGUACUUUUAUGUUCCUGUAAUUCUGCUUAUA